CGCCGCGCGACAAGCGGCCACCUUCUACCGCCGCCGUUGAUCGCUCUCUCGUCACUCAUCACAUGACCCGCGCCACUGUACACCUCGGGUAGGCCAUAUUUGACAGUGGGCCACUAGUUUAGCGCCGUGAGUGACGUGAAGAUCGCUCUACCGAUCGCGCUCGACGAUCCCGCUCGCGACCUGAAACCCCGUGCAACCUGUAAAUACAUCCCGUGACACCGACUCUUCGAUUGCCGAGAUCCGACGUACCGAGCCACAAUGAGUGGAGCCACAGAAGAAGCCCCGAUAUACUCGCCGUUCUUCGGCGUUAUGGGCGCCGCCUCUGCCAUCGUAUUUUCUGCUCUGGGAGCAGCGUAUGGCACAGCAAAGGCCGGUACGGGAAUCGCAGCGAUGUCUGUCAUGAGGCCAGAAUUAAUCAUGAAAUCCAUUAUUCCCGUUGUAAUGGCAGGUAUUAUUGCCAUUUACGGUCUUGUAGUGGCAGUACUCAUUGCCGGUACUCUUGGGAGAGUUCCUAAAUACGACCUGUACAAUGGUUUCACUCACUUGGGUGCUGGUUUAGCUGUAGGCUUCUCUGGUCUAGCUGCCGGAUUUGCCAUUGGCAUCGUGGGCGAUGCUGGCGUGAGAGGUACAGCUCAGCAACCUCGUCUCUUCGUCGGCAUGAUCUUGAUUCUGAUCUUUGCUGAAGUAUUGGGUCUCUACGGCCUGAUCGUCGCCAUCUACCUGUACACAAAGUAAACGGUCAGUAGCGGCAUCCUACUACCUGCCAUGGCUCCAUGCAAGACAUGUCGCCUGCAACCAACAGCGCUCCCCGACUACUAUUAUGCUACAACUUGUUUCGACAUAUUUUACUUAAUCACGUUACUCCAUGCAUACCUAUCUAAUUACCAUCUCGGCUCAUCUCUGCGCGUCUCCCUGUAAUAUCAUACUAAAAAAAAAAAAAAUGAUCCAUCUAUUUAGCGUACGGACAUUUAACCACGCCACGCAUUACUUGUCAUCACGGAUUGCAUGAUUAUAUCGUCGAAGGUGCUGCGAUUGAAAAGUGCGACCGAUUUUUUUUUUUUUUUUUUUUCUUCAUUUUACGACACCGAUGCGCAGCGACGCAUUUCGACACUGCAGUGUAUGGAGAAGCAAAUGUAUAGCGGGAAAAAAAAAAACGAAAGAAAGCGUGGAAAACAAAGGUCGACGGGGAAAUACAUGUUUAGAGAAAAGAUCUUCUGUGUUAAUCCCAUUGUCGAACAUUUCUCUUUCACUGUAUAGUAAUCAUUUAUAGCUUAGUACGACAUUGAAUUACCAGUUAAAGUAAUCGGCUCUACUGAGUGUAUAAAGGAAAAUAUGUUAUUGAUAAAAGAAUAUUUAGCACAAUUAUAUAUAUAUAUAUAAAUAUAUUAUAAAUGCAACCGCAAAACGGCAGGUACGCGAAUAAGAAUCACACAAAAGAAAACUUUAAAGAAACGAAAUUAUAUCAUCGGAAUAGAAAUAUGUAAGAAUAAGUGACACGCAAAUUACGCGUGGUAUAAAACGGCGUAAUAUAACAGAGCGAGAGAAGGAGAGGAAAAAGAGAGAGAGAGAGAGAGAGAGAGAGAGAGUGAGAGAGUUUGUGAGAAUGAGAAUGUCCCGGACAAGAUCUCGCGUGAAUAGAGAUUGUGCAACUAGAAGUUAAUAGACGAAGAAUGAUAUUGAUGGAUGAAACUUUAAUAAAAUAAAAAAGAAAUAAAAAAAAUGUAUGAAUGUGAGUAGAUCAACAGGUACACACGAUAGUAUUAAGUCAAUUGAGAGAGAGGCUGCUGGACACGGCGGGAUUUCAUGUUUUUCACAGUUAUUCAUGGACAACGAUAGACGAGAGAAAGAGGAGGAAAAAGAAAAAAGGAACGAUCCGCCUAACCGGGUUGUCAAAAGCCGCAAAGGCCAGCGGUCGACACUCGAUUAGUCGUGCGAUUUUAAUUUGAUUCCACAUUAUUUUCCAUCAUCGAGACUAACGUCGUCGUAUGUCAAUGGAGUAACGGGGUAUAUGUGAAGCUUGUGUAAAACCGAUAACCGUUCGUACCAGUGGACACAUCAAGUACACACAUACACACAUACCGUAUGAUGGCGAAAUCAAUGAUCAUCUGAGAGAAGUUAUAUAUAUUAUACACGCUGAUAAUAACAUGUAAACGGAGGAUAAUUUGUACAUUCCAUAUUAAGUUCGUUCAGUACAGGCGAGCGGGUGUUUAGCGAGAAAAUUCACGGAAGUUGUAGCCCACGCAUUCUUCAAGAGAUUGGCCGAUCGCGAUGCACGCAUACCUCACGUGGGACAGCAGCUGGCAGACGGACUCGUGUCGUCCUGGGAUGGAUUGUCCUUUGGGAGCUGACAAUCGUACUCCUUGUACGCGCACGGUCUUUCGAUCGGUCGCUACCAUCUUUCCCCCCCAUAAGCGUUUGGAUACAAAAGAGGAACAUAAAAGCCAAAUUCAUACACAAAAAGUACGGAGCCAGAGCACCCGCUUGUCACUUUCGACUGCGCAGUAUUUUCUACCGAAGAAAAAUGCUAACUAGUUUAACGAUAUAGGAGUAUUUCCGGCGAAGAGGAGGGAGGAAAUCAUCGAAUUGAUAAGUUCAUUUAUCGGGGGACAAACAAAAUGAUCGAAAGGCUUCAAAAACAUUUUAUUCGAGAAAACUGUCACUCUCUUGGCCUGGAAAUGCACUUGUAUACGUAUCCGAGAUUCAGCAGAAACAAUAUAGUCGUCUCGACGGGGUCGAAGAACGAGCGAUAAAUACGAGCGUGGAAGAAACGUUGCAAUCUUUCGGAAACUUGCGUAGCUUGA